AGGCGGGAGUUUGUCAAGGUCCGGGCUCGCGUAAGAGGAGCUGACACGCAUUGCGGCGCAUUCGCGAACUGCUGCAAGUGGUUGUUGGUGAUUAUCCUCGCUAUCUUUUGGUGAGGUUGCAGCUUCGCGGGAAUGACGAUGGACUUCCGUGCUUUCCCCGCCACCGUCUGCAAGCAUCAGCCCUGCCGCCUGCCGAGGCGCCGAUCUCUCACAACACCCUCUUUGAUGUCGCAUGACAGAGCCAAACACCAACACCUGGGAGGCUUUCCUGUGGCUUUGUCCAGCUAUUGCUGGCUAACAUGUGUACACGAGGCUACAGGUAGUUUUGGCUGUAGCAGAUCACUGUCUGCAUAUGACUGGAGACCUCCCGGCUUCGCUAAGAGAAACAAAAAAUGGGGCUGCUAUGCCCGGGCUCUUUGUGCAAUGAGACAAGCCCUCUCCUGUCUGCAGGUAUUCACAGAGUACACUAUAUGCCGUAGGAGUAAAAUAAUCCAACGCUCCGAAUUUUAGGAGUUAUUCAAGGUGACAUUGUCUGGUUAUUGCUCGCUGACAAGUAUACACAAGUCUACAGGUCGUUUUGGGUGAGCCCUCUGUCAACAAAGCUACAAACCGCCGAUCGAAGAAGACUCGUCAAGUGAUUCCAAGAAGCAACCAGCCCCAGUCGAGUCUACCAUGGCUCCCCGUCCCCGACCUUGUCUCCCGC